AUGAGGGCUCCGCUGGAGAGGCUGUGUUUGGAUGAAGACUUUCGAGCGUGCUGGAGCAACUGGACCCUGCAACUUUGUGAGAUCACCUCCGACGCACUGGCAUCAGAGCCCUUCGCCUAUGAGCUCGCCGCCUUUCUCCCAGCGAAUGCCCAGACCUGGCCGAGGCUGCUGGCCAUGAUGCUAGCCGCUCAGGACGAGGGCGCCCAGAAUUGGCCGCUGGUCACCAAACUUCUGCAACAUGGCUUUGCUGAUCCAAGUCCUCCUACAGCGCCUAUCUCGCGGAUACACAGUGACGUGUUCCAGUCGCUGGUGGAGGUGCUCAAACGCUCUUGGAGAAAGUCUCGGCCUAUGAGCUGGGAGGAUGUGGCCGGUGAACACACAAUGGUCAUCGCUCAGAAGGUGCAGAUUGACAUGUUUGCCACAGACAUUCUCGUACUUCGACCUGAUGUUCACCCACGACAUCUCACCACGGUCUUGCCGACAUUGCUGUAUCCCAAGCGCCCAGGCUUGCGCAAAGACGCCAGCUCAGG